AUGGCUUCUAGCAUCAAUUCCACGAGCGUGCCAUCCGGCAUGCUGCCGCAUGACCCUUCUGCCGCAGCGCGCAACGUGACGGGAGGGCUAUUCGAUCUUGAUAGUGAGACAGAUCUCUCCGCUUUUCGCAUCGCAGAACCACCUUGUCGAUUCAGAUUCCGCGGCACUACCUACCGUAUUAGGGUUAGCGCUCGUGUGUUCUCGUGGCUGGAUGACAACCACAAUGAAACAACUGACUCGCCAAAACCUCGUCUCCUUCUUCAACGCGCUCUUUGUGAUACGCAAUCUGGGUGUUGGGAGGUAGCUGGUGGGGGAGUCGAAAAACAAGACCAAAGCCCCCGAAAUGCUCUCACACGCGAGGUUCAAGAAGAGAAUGGCCUGCUACUGUCGGUGGUCGCUCAUGCUCUCCCGGUUCAGACGUGGAGGAAAUCCAAGGGAGAGGAGUGGCACGAAUGGGUUGGCCUCCCGUACAUCAUUGAGGUCUCCAGACAACACGCAACUAGCCAAUAUGUGCCUCAGCCGGUGGGAUGGGAGAACGCAAUACGACUGGAUCCUGAAGAGCACCAAGCUUUUACAUGA